AUCGAUAGUUGUGCAUUUUGUCUUAUCGACGCGAAUAUCGCUUCGUAAACAUAUGAUUUUGAGUUUUGGCCGUGGCUACUCAAAGUAAAUUAAAAAAGGGCUGAUCAGUUAAGCAAGGGGCACUUGGAAAAUAUAAAAACGAAACAUGGCUAUCCGAUUAACGCAAAAACUGAUACAAUCCCAGGUGCCCUUCCUAACACGCGGAUAUCCAUUACUCGUGACCAAGGAGAAAACUGAAGACGUGGCUCACACUAAAUCUUCUUUGCAAAAGAAAGUAACGGGAACUGAUAUACCAUCGGCGCAAUAUGGUGGCCGUCAUGGUGUCACCAUGCUGCCUGGUGGAGGCAUUGGACCCGAAUUGAUGGGCUAUGUUCGUGAGAUCUUUAGAUAUUGCGGUGCUCCCAUUGAUUUUGAGGUAAUCGACAUUGAUCCUUCCACCGAGGGAAACGAUGAUCUGGAGUAUGCAAUUACAUCCAUAAAACGUAAUGGCGUUGCGCUCAAGGGUAAUAUUGAGACGAAGUCGCAAAGCUUAACCGAAAUGUCCCGCAAUGUGGCCAUACGAAAUGAGCUUGAUCUCUACGUGAAUGUAGUGCACUGCAAGUCAUAUCCAGGCAUUCCCGCGCGCCAUAAGGACAUCGACAUUGUGCUCAUUCGCCAGAACACCGACGGUGAGUAUGCCAUGUUGGAGCACGAGUCUGUACGAGGCGUAGUGGAGAGCAUGAAGGUGGUUACCGUGGAUAAUGCCGAGCGUGUGGCACGCUACGCUUUCGAAUAUGCCCGUCAAAACAAUCGCAAGCGAGUGACGACCAUCCACAAGGCAAACAUCAUGAAGCUGUCGGACGGCCUCUUCCUGGAGGUGGCCAAUCGUGUACACAAGGAUUAUCCGGAGUUGGAGCAUAACAACAUGAUUAUUGACAACACUUGCAUGCAAGCCGUAUCGAAUCCCCAUCAGUUCGAUGUCAUGAAUAUGACAAAUUUGUAUGGCACAAUUGUGUCGAACGUGAUUUGUGGACUUAUUGGCGGCGCUGGUCUGAUCUCUGGACGCAACUAUGGCGAUCACUUUGCUAUCUUUGAGCCUGGUACUCGUAACACAGGCACUGCCAUUGCCGGCAAGAAUAUAGCCAAUCCCGUGGCUAUGAUCAAUGCGAGCAUUGAUAUGUUGAAUCAUUUGGGCCACAAGGAACAUGCGAAGGUUAUCUAUGAUGCCACCUACCAUACGAUUGUCAAUGAUGCCAUUCGCACGCCAGAUCUCGGCGGCAAUCACAGCAGCACCGAUGUAGUUGCAAACAUACUCAAGAUUUUGAGUGCCAAGCGUGUGAAUUGGCCACAUGGAAACUAUUUCAUCCAAAAUUAGGCACCCUAUCCGCAUAUGAAAGCCAAAGCCCUACUAAACCGCAAUAAUAAUAAUAGAACAACAAAUGCAAUAAAAGAAUAUAAUGAAUUUCGUAUUAACCCACAACUAAGCCAAUCAGAGCCAACAAUUGUUAAGAAUUAUGUCACCUUCAGUCAAUGCAUAAAGCGUUUAUUGUGAUGUCAAUAAAUAUUGUUAGAAGCAAUCCAUUUAUUUAUUCAAUGUGGUCAAAAAACCUGCGCUGCUUUACCAACUAAAAAAAUCUCCCCGCCCCGGCUAUGUGUUAUGUGUUCUGUGCACCUCCGACGCUCAAAGUGUUAUACUGCAGAGCUUCUUUCGACCCAGCAAUGCUUUGAACUACUUUGACUCGUUCAACCUAAUUUGUUAACCCAUUAGGCGACAGCACAAUCCUUAAGCGAAAAGAAUAAUUAAACAAAAUGCCCUUUCUGCAAUAUUGUCAAGUUUCAAAAGUGUACAGUGAGGCCAUACAAUUGUAUAUUAUAGACACGAUUAUAAGAAUAUAAAAUUAAAUUCA